UUGUAUUUCGUCCGACGCCUCCUCCUCAUAGAGGAAACGCCAGGACCAGAAGCAAGAGCCUCCGCCUCACAGCCAGCCUUGCGCUUAACGGUCCGGGAAUCGAAGCCGUCGCCCUCGAGUCGUUCGGCUAAUUCUGUGAAAAUGUCGCUGUAUCCUUCCCUGGAGGAUCUGAAGGUGGACAAAGUAAUUCAGGCACAGACAUCUUUUGCUUCAAACCCAGCCAAUCCGGCAAUUUUAUCUGAAGCCUCAGCACCCACCCUUCAACAUGGAAACUUGUAUCCCAAACUGUAUCCUGAACUUGCCCAGUAUAUGGGUAUAGGCCUAAAUGAAGAAGAGAUACAAGGAAACAUAGCAAUGUUGCGUGUUGUAAAUUCUCAAGAACUUGUUGCAAGGCCUUCUGCAGCGAAUUACAUGGUGGCUCCAGUAACUGGAAAUGAUGUAGGAGUUCGCAGAGCGGAAAUUAAGCAAGGAAUCCGUGAAGUAAUACUUUGUAAAGAUCAGGAUGGAAAAAUUGGACUACGUCUUAAAUCAGUGGACAAUGGUAUUUUUGUCCAGUUGGUUCAGGCCAACUCUCCAUCGUCACUAGUUGGCCUGCGGUUUGGGGACCAGGUUCUGCAAAUUAAUGGUGAAAACUGUGCAGGUUGGAGCUCUGAUAAAGCCCACAAAAUUCUGAAGCAGGCACCUGGAGAGAGAAUUUCAAUGAUCAUCCGUGACAGGCCUUUUGGGCGAACUAUUACCAUGCACAAGGAUAGUACUGGGCAUGUUGGCUUUAUAUUCAAAAAUGGAAAGAUAACUUCAAUAGCAAAGGACAGUUCUGCUGCUAGAAAUGGACUUCUGACAGAACACAACAUAUGCGAAAUAAAUGGUCAGAAUGUAAUUGGCCUGAAGGAUGCCCAAAUUGCAGACAUACUAACAUCAGCUGGCAACGUGGUGACCAUCACUAUCAUGCCUUCUCAAAUUUUUGAACACAUAAUCAAAAGGAUGGCUUCAAGCAUUAUGAAAAACCUGAUGGAUCACACCAUCCCUGAAGUCUAGAAAUCUGUUUUUGGGUGCAUCUGUAAUGAGAACUCUGCUAAACAUGGGCUACUUAGUCUGCAACUUUUAUGUUCUGCACAUGAGCCUUUCUUUAAGCCCAAAGCAGAUAUACUGCCUUGAGUAUUUACAUUAUGAUGGCUGGGAAUGUCACAAUCCAACAUAUUACCUUGCUCAAACUAUGAAUUUUGUAGCCUUAUAUUUGUCUGACAAAAACCAGUAUAACACUUUUUCAUAGGGUUGUACUGUUUAAUUCCACUUUAUAUAAGCCAUUGGAAUGAAAACUAAUGUAUCUUGUGUCUUUUGUGAUCCAAGCACAUUGCUGCCCUUUGUACUUUUUCAGACGAAUUAGUUUUUCUACUACCUUCUGCUAGGAAGGAUAUUUACAGUUAUGACUUGUAGUGCUUGUUAACUGCUGAUUUUAGUAAUCAUGUUUACAAAGCAUGCCAGUUAAACUGAGCAUAACAUAUCAUUCCAUAGACAUUUUAAAUAGCACAGGUGCGCAUUUAGGUUUUGUCUUACUGCUGCUCUUUUACAAGUUGUUCUAACGUGCUUAAAUUAUGUUGCCUUAACCAUGUUAAACAGAAAUAAAGUCUGAAAAACAAGGUUUUCAUUUUCUAACUAUA